AUGUUGAAUGGAAACAGACUGGAUCAGCAGCAUGUUCGUUUCUCUUUCUCUCACAGACUAACAGCUGCUACUGUGGAGGGGAUCCAGGAUCAUGACCCAGAGACCGGUGACAUCACAGACUCUCCGUCCUGGACCAUGGACUUCAGUCGGAUCCUCACAGACUUUUUGACAUCAUCACCUCACACACACAUGUAUAUAAAAACAUGA